CGUGACAUUAGCGACAUCUGUAGCGUUACAUCAUGGCAUUAAUGGAGUCUGUAUGCCUGUUGGAUUGAAUGCCUGUUUGAUCCUCCAGAGGAUCUUCCUCUGUUUUGAGAAGAAAGAGGUUUUGUUUAGAAGCUAGCGUGAAUGUAGAUUUUAAACUUUGUAGAUUUAAAAGAAAGAUUAAAGUGUGGUAAUGAUGAGUCCCUUGCAAAUAAUUGCGCAAACCAGAAAAUUUGCUCCAAAAUUUCUUAGGAUUAUUCCAAAUGGAGUAAAUAUAUGUUUGAGUCGAAAUAAAUAUUACUAUGUAAGAGAGGACAAAGAUAAAACCUGGACAGAUAUUAUGGAAGCUGCUACUACGCAUAUGUUUGUUCUUGAACUUAUUCGAGGAUUUGGAAUUGUUUUGUCUCAGGUAUUUCGAGAACCAGCGACGAUAAAUUAUCCUUUUGAAAAAGGACCUUUGAGUCCUCGGUUUAGGGGAGAACACGCAUUAAGAAGGUAUCCUUCUGGAGAAGAAAGAUGCAUCGCUUGUAAAUUAUGUGAAGCUAUAUGUCCUGCACAAGCUAUUACAAUUGAGGCAGAAGAAAGAGCAGAUGGAUCUCGACGAACUACAAGAUACGACAUUGAUAUGUCUAAAUGUAUCUAUUGUGGUUUUUGCCAGGAAGCUUGUCCAGUAGACGCUAUUGUUGAGGGUCCCAACUUUGAAUUUUCAACUGAAACUCAUGAGGAAAUGCUGUACAACAAGGAAAAACUUUUAAAUAAUGGAGAUAAGUGGGAAUCUGAAAUUGCUAGUAAUAUCCAUGCGGAUCAUUUGUAUCGUUAAACAGUGUAUAGCAAUACGUAACGUAGUCAUAAUGAUCGAAUCAAGUGUGGAAUCGAAUACUGAAAAAAAUUCUUUUCCUGCUAUUAAACAUAUUGUAAUAUAUGAACUGUUUAAAUAGAUGAAAUAAACAAAUAUGUAAUUAGA